AUGAAAAGCUUGUUAGCUUCAUUAAAGAAAAAAGCAAAAAAAAAUCAUGUAGGUGAUCUGAGGAAUGUGCAAAAUGAUAAGGAUCUUGUUGAUUUAUGUGUUGACACCUUGCAAGAAAUAAUUUCAUUUAACAAAGCAUUAAAAAGUGAGGAUGAACGUGAUGAUGAUGAGCAGGAUGAGGAGGAAUGUGAGAAAGGUGAGAAAAGUGGCAAAGGCGGUGAUAUAGAUGAUAGUGAUGAUGAUGAGGAGGAGGAAUGUGAGAAAGGUAAGAAAAGUGGCAAAGGUGGUGAUGUGGAUGAUAGUGAUGAUGAUGAGGAGGAAGGUGAUAAAGGUAAGAAAGGUGGAAAAGGUGGUGGUGAUCUGGAUGAUAGUGAUGAUGAUGAUGAGGAGGAGGAGGAGGGUGGCAAAGGUGGUGAUCUACAUGAUGAUGGCAAUGAAAAAUAG